GUUACUGGACAUUCACGAACAGCUUCACGAGGACUAUCGGCGGUUCUCACUUCUAUUUACAAAACACACCACACUCGUAUGGUCGGCCCAGUAUUUAAUAGCCCACACUUUGCACCUCACAUUUCGCACUUCAGUCUUCACACACACACACACACACACACACACACACACACACACAGUGACUACACACCAUGGAGACGAGCAACUUUGUCAGCCAGCUCCGAUCCGGGGCCCGCGCCAAGUUCCCAGCACAUGCCAACUCUCUGGAAUAUGCACGGAAACUCGAUGAACAAGACCCUCUUAAGCACCUACGUGAGGAGUACACUUUGCCCACCAGGGGCUCUCUGAGGAAAAGACAUCUCAACGGCACCUUGCCAGACGGCACCCGUGUAGCCAGCCUCGACCAAACUGCUCAAGCUGAGAGCAACACAAAUGGUUGCGGAAAUGGCACAAACGGCACAAACGGCCAUGCCGACGAUGACGACAAGCCGUGCAUCUACUUCUGCGGCAACUCCCUCGGCGUACAGCCCAAGGCCGUGCGGCGCUACGUCAACGCCCAGCUCGAGACCUGGGCAUCCAUCGGAGUGAACGGCCAUUUCCAGUCCCUCGGAUCGCCCCUCGUGCCCUGGCAGGACAUGGCCGAGGACUGCGCCAGGCGAAGCGCCGCCAUCGUGGGCGCUCUACCCUCCGAGGUCGUCAUCAUGAACACCCUCACCGCGAACCUGCAUCUCCUCAUGGCGAGCUUCUACCGGCCCACCGAGAAGAGGCACAAGAUCAUCCUCGAAUGGCGGCCUUUUCCCAGCGACUGGUACGCAAUCGAGUCGCAGGUUCAAUGGCAUGGGCUAGAUCCGACCAAGUCAAUGGUGACCAUCCAGCCAGACGAAGACUUCUACAUCUCCACCGAUACCAUCUUGUGGACCAUCGACGAGCACGCCGAAGAAACGGCCCUCCUCCUUCUCCCAGGCAUCCAGUAUUACACCGGCCAGUUGUUCGACAUGGAGCGCAUCACCAAGUACGCGCGAGACCGAGGCGUCGUCGUGGGCUGGGACCUAGCCCACGCGGCCGGCAACGUCGAACUGCGGCUGCACGACUGGGACGUCGACUUCGCCGCAUGGUGCACGUACAAGUACCAAAACGCCGGGCCGGGGGCCAUCGCCGGCGCCUUCGUGCACGAGCGGCACGGCCGGGUCGAGGUCGAGGUCGGCGCGGAAGAUGCAUGUGGCCGGCCUGUAUUCCGCCACAGGUUGACAGGCUGGUACGGCGGCGACAAGUCGGUGCGGUUCAACAUGGACAACAAGUUCCUGCCCACCCCCGGCGCGGGGGGCUUCCAGCUGUCCAACCCCUCGGCCAUCGACCUGGCGGCCCUGUCCGGCGCGCUAUCCGUGUUCGACAAGACCGACAUGGCGGCCCUGCGGUCCAAGGCGCUGGUGUUGACGGCCUAUGCGGAGCACCUUCUCGACGGCAUAUUCGCUGACCAGCCGGCCGACGACGGCAAGGCGCCGGUGUUCAGGAUCAUCACCCCGCGCGAUCCAUUGCAGCGAGGCACCCAGCUCAGCGUCCUUUUGAGAGACGGUUUGUUGGACCAGGUUGGUGGGGCGUUGGAGGAAGCCGGAAUUGUCUGUGACAGGAGGAAACCGGGCGUGAUCCGCGUUGCCCCUGUGCCUAUGUACUGUACUUUUGAGGACGUUUGGACGUUUAUGGACGUGCUGAGGAAGUCUGUAGCUUAGAAGAAAAUAGAGAUAGAGAAAUAAUUACGCAUAAUUACGCGGAG